AUGUCCUUCCAGACACACCUCAGAGAAGUGAUUUAUGGAGGAUUAUCUUCUAAGAAUCAGUAUACCUUAGACAAGGUGCAAUUCUCAGCAUUAAGAUUAUGUCUGGGGGUUAUAAGGUCAACACAUUGCAACUCCCUUCUAGUGGAAGCUGGCGAAUCCCCACUAAAAAUUAGAAGAGAAAUACUUACGAACAGAAAUACUCUUUUUCCAAGAAUUAAAUCUCUUGGUGUCAGGAACCUUAUAUUGCAAUAUCAAAAUCAUAUUAAAAACCUAGAAUUUGAAGAAUGGUUACAACACAAUUACAAAGACUUUACAGUUAUUUACACAGACGGAUCCAGAAAGGAAAACGACGUCGGCUGCGCGUUUUUUGUUCCUUCCAAAGAUAAUCGAUCUCAAUACAAGUUACCUAGCUUUGCAUCGGUAUUUACAGCAGAGAAAACAGCCAUCAAUGCGGCUUUAGAGUACGUUAAAAAUGAAAAGCUCAGAAAAUCAAUAAUUUUAAGAUACUGCAAAUCCGCCCUUUUGGCCCUGAACAAACCAAGAGAAGAUGGAAAUUUCUUGACUCUUGAUAUCAUUCACAAAAUAGAAGCCCUCCUGGAUUCUGGAUAUAUAAUUAAGUUAGCCUGGAUUAAAGGCCAUUCCUCAAUUUGGGGAAAUAAACGGGCAGACAAACUGGCUAAAGAAGCAUGCACGGCGGUAGUUCCCAUGAAAAAGGCCCCAAUAACGGAUUUAAAAGGAUUAAUAAGAACUCUAGGACUAAGUCAAUGGCAAAACGAUUAUGACCUAGAAUCGACUUCAAAGGGCUCUUUAUUUAAACCCUGCAAACCCCAAGUCACAUUUAGUACCUGGUGCAGCAAACUAAAAAUGACCUGA